AUGCAAACUUUUUUCCCUAGUCCCUCCUGAUUAUACAAUACCAUAUUUUCAUAUUAUACUCUAAUGAAAACUUUGUAUGUGGUUAUAUUACCUUUUGGGACGUGUUUGAAUGUGUAGUAACCAUCAAACAAAUGAAUAUCUACAAGUUACGGAAGCCAGAACUAACUAUUUUUUGUAAGGUACCAGGUUCACAGGUUACAGUUGAAUAGAUGUUGACAAUAAUUUGGAAGAUGUUUGGAGACAAAUCUCUGUUGCUGAUUGUCAUAGUUAGCCUUACAAGGGUCUCAAAUGGAAAGUCAGAAAGACCACAUGUCAUCAUUAUUGUAGCAGAUGAUCUUGGCUGGAAUGAUGUCAGUUUCCAUGGCUCCAAUCAGAUCCCAACCCCCAACAUUGACAAGUUGGCACAUGCAGGCAUAAUCCUGAACAACUACUAUGUGUCUCCUAUCUGUACACCUACCAGGGGUGCUCUCAUGACCGGCAAAUACCCCAUUCACACAGGGUUGCAGUCUGGUGUGAUUUUGGGAUCAAUGCCGUAUGGGCUUCCGCUUAAAGAGAAGAUCUUGCCUCAGUGGCUCGCAGACCUGGGCUACAGGACACACAUAGUGGGAAAGUGGCACCUGGGCAUGCUUGCCGAGGAGUAUUUGCCAACCAGGCGAGGGUUCGAGUCUCAUUAUGGCUAUCUUCAAGGUGCUGAGGGAUAUUAUGACCACACGUAUGAGUUUGUGGGUCCACCUAACAGUACACAGUGGGGACUGGACUGGCGGCGGAAUGAUGAAGUUGUCUGGACAGAUCGGGAACAAUAUUCUACCUCGCUCUUCACAAGGGAGGCUGUUAAUCUCAUAAAUGCCCAUAAUGACUCAGAGCCCCUGUUCCUGUAUGUGGCUCACCAGGCGGUUCACUGUGGUAACCCUGACGACCCGCUGGAGGCUCCACAAUCUUAUGUCAACCGCUUCCCACACAUACACAACUACCACCGGAAACUAUUUGCAGGCAUGGUUUCAACCCUUGAUGACUCUGUUGGGGAGAUUGUUAGAAACCUGGAGGACCGGGGUAUGUUAGACAACUCUGUCAUCCUCUUCACCACAGACAAUGGUGGGCCCGCAAAUGGAUUCAACGAUAAUGCUGCGAACAAUUUUCCACUUAGAGGUGUGAAAGCUACUCUAUGGGAGGGUGGCAUGCGAGGAACAGGCUUUAUCCACAGUCCCCUGUUAAAACAGUCUGGCUAUGUUUCAACCCAUAUGAUCCAUGUCACUGAUUGGCUGCCAACCCUGUACUCAGCAGCAGGAGGCAAACAUCGUAACCUGAAACAUUUAGAUGGGUACAACAUGUGGCAUGUAUUGUCAAAAAACAGUAAAUCACCCCGGAAUGAGAUUCUGCACAACAUAGACCCUCUAAAUAAGAAGUCUUCCAUCAGGGUCGGGGACUUAAAGCUGCUGGUGGGGAAUGUGAACAUGCAGUGGGAUGGGUGGUACCCACCCUGGCAAAACGCUGGAGACCAAACUAUAAAUAUUGAUGGCAGGGCUGUUCCCUUAGUUGAAGGUUCCAAGCAUGAUAAAGUGCUUGACACCUACAAGUGGAAAAAUAGUUAUUGGAAUAGCUCAAGCAUAGAUUGUGGUAACAAACCGUUCAAUGCGUCAACAAACUGCAACCCAUCUGUUUUACCUUGUCUGUUUAAUAUUGCUGAAGAUCCUUGUGAAUAUAAUAACUUGGCUGACUCCAACAAAGAUCUUGUUAUAAAGAUGUUAGAGAAGCUGUCGAGAUAUUCCCACUCCAUGAUACCACCAGGAAAUAAACCUAUUGACCCAGCAGGGGACCCCAAAUUGCACAACCAAACAUGGGUCCCUUGGAUUAAGCUUUGAUACAAUUUCAUUACACUGCAGCUUUAUAAUGUUUUAUAUGUAAGCUUGUCUGUUCUCCUCAGAAAAAAGUGUUGUACAUUAACAAGUGCUUGUGUCAUCACCAUCAUCAUUGGCAUUAUUAAAAAACUGUAACAUUUGUUGAUUGUUGGACACUUCUCGAUAGCAGUUGGAGGGUAGAUUCAGUAGAUUGCAAACAUGUUUUGAAGAAACCUUCCUAGUCUGUUGAGAUAUCAUAUAAAACAAUCUAAACAGUAAACUUCAGCUGUUUUUGAGUUAGAAACAUUUCAAAUUAGAUGAGUUCUAGUUUGACAGUAGUAGAUCUUGGGCAUUUUCUGAAAAUGUUUUUUCUUAGUAUUAUUUUUUUGAACAACUUAUAGUAAAUUUUUAUCUUUUUAUUACCGUUAAAUUAUACUGUUCAGCCAAAUGAAUUUUAGCUCAUUUAUAACCAUGUCCUAACAUGACAUUUUAUGAGGUCGGAAGUGCCUUGUUUGUUGCAUGUAUGUAGAAAGUCGGAUGAAAGUUUCUGAACAAUUGAUCACAUCAACUAAAUAAUUGUCAAUAGGCACUUGAAAUGUUUAUUUGAAAAUGACUGUCAGUGCUCUCAUCUUCGAUCUAUCCCCGGUAGUGACUGUCAGAGCUCUACUCCCAUCUGUGAUCUAUCCCCAGUAGUGACUUUCAGAGCUCUACUCCCAUCUGGGAUCUAUCCCCAGUAGUGACUGUCAGAACUCUACUCCAAUCUGUGAUCAAUCCCCAGUAGUGACUGUCAGAGCUCUUCUCCAAUUAGUGAUCUAUCCACAGAAGUGACUGUCAAUGCUCUGCUCCCAUCUGCGAUAUAUUCCCAGAAGUGACUGUCAAUGCUCUACUCCCAUCUGUGAUCUAUCCACAUAGUGACUGUCAAUGCUCUGCUCCCAUCUGCAAUUUAUCCCCAGUAGCGACUGUCAGAGCUCUUCUCCAAUCAGCGAUCUAUCCACAGAAGUGACUCUCAAUGCUCUGCUCCCAUCUGCGAUAUAUACCCAGAAGUGACUGCCAAUGCUCUACUCCCAUCGGUGAUCUAUCCACAUAGUGACUGUCAAUGCUCUGCUCCCAUCUGCGAAUUAUCCCCAGAAGUGACUGUCAAUGCUCUACUCCCAUCUGUGAUCUAUUCACAAAGUGACUGUCAAUGCUCUGCUGCCAUCUGCAAUUUAUCCCCAGUAGCGACUGUCAAUGCUCUACUCCCAUCGGUGAUAUACCCACAUAGUGACUGUCAAUGCUCUGCUCCCAUCUGGGAUUUAUCCCCAGAAGUGGCUGUCAGAGCUCUACUCUCAUCUGUGAUAUAUCCCCAGAGGUGACUGUCAGAGCUCGACUCCCAUCUGCGAUCUAUCCCCAGUAAUAACUGUCAGGGCUCUACUCCCAACUGUGAUUUAUCCCUGAAAGUGACUGUCAGAGCUCUACUCCUAUCUGUGAUAUAUCCCCAGAGGUGACUGUCAGAGCUCUACUCCCAUCUGUGAUCUAUCCCCAGUAAUAACUGUCAGGGCUCUACUCCCAUCUGUGAUAUAUCCCCAAAAGUGACUGUCAGAGCUCUACUCCCAUCUAUGAUCUAUCCCCAUUAGUGACUG